AUGGCUGUAAAUAUCAUUUUAAAAUAUUUUCCAUUACUCAUUAUUAUUUUGCCAUGGUGUAGCAGUCUUAUUGAUAUACGCCAUCGUUUUGAACUUCCUCAAAUACCAACUGAUUUAAAGGAACAAAUUUUGGCUGAAUGUAAAUCAACAUUUGUCAAAUUUUUUCAACCACAUAAACAUAAGACAAUGUCACAAACAACAAUCAAAAUAGAUGUAAGUAAUGCAUCAAUGAAUGAAAUGCUAACAAAUACAACAAAAAUGAUGUCACAUGAAACGGUGACAUCGUCAUCAGCAAGCAGUCAGCAAUGUCCAAUGGCAAUAAAUAAUUGCAUUUUAACAAAAACAAGUCCAUUUCUGGAGCAUUGUGAUGUGAAAUGCUUAACAGCUACUGAUAAAUCAUUAUCAAAUGAUUUACAUUGUUGGAAUGAUAAUUGUUUCAUACGUGCAACACGUAUUUGUGAAGAAAAAUUUUGGCGUACGGUAAGUGUAAAAAAUCGAAAGAAGAAAAAGAAACGAAUGCGUUGUAUAACAGAAAUUAAACAUUGCUAUAAAUUAGCAUGUUUAAAAUGUCUUGGACGUGAAUGUAAUAUAAAUUGUUAUGGUGGUGGUAUACAGUAUAUUUCAUUAACAAAACCACGUUGGAAAGGUUAUGAUGAAUAUAAGAAAUUUUUUCCGGAAAUAAAAGAUAUUGUUCAUAAAUUUGUACUUGUUCCUGAGAAAAUGAUCAUUAUUGAGGAUUAUAAUGAAUAA